CCGAUGUUCUCUGUAACUUUCAUAUCGGUGCACACGACGACCCACCACCUCAUUCAACUCCCUGCUCUUCAUUUACACUAAUGGAUUCUCUCUCUAUCUACUUCAUGCAGGAAUUGAUUUCUUCACUCUCCCUUGACUAGCACACACUCCCAUAAACAACUUCUCUAGCUCUUGCGACCCUUCAAGGAAAUCAUCCCAACUAAGAAGGAAGAAAGACAUGGCUUCUAUGAACAACUGGUUAGCUUUCUCUCUUUCACCUCAAGAGCUUCCAUCACAGUCCCAAAACCAUGCCCAACCUACCAUCUCUCGCCUCGGUUUCAACUCCGAAGACGUCCCCAGCGACGACUGCUUCGAUCUUGGUUCUGACUCAACAGCUCCUUCACUUAACAUCCCUAACUUAAGACCAGACGGCCCUUUUGGUAUCUUAGAAGCUUUCAACAGAACCAAUCAACAAGAGUCUCAAGACUGGAACUUCAAGACACGCUCAGAGCUUUCCAUGUACAUGAGAGGGUCGACCAGUGACCACAAACUUGAUCAAGAGGAACCCAAGUUGGAAGACUUCCUUGGUGGUCACUCGUUCACCGACCAUGAGCAGAAACUUGCUGGGUGCAAUUCCAUAACCACCUCAGCCUACGAUACCACCAAUGGAGACUACAUGUUCUCCAACUGCUCUUUACAGCUUCCAUCGGCGGCACCGAACAGUGGCAGUAGUGGUGGUGGUGGUGGUGGUGGCGGCGGCAUUAAUGUGACUGCAAAUGAAUCCAGCAGUAACAAUAACUACAGCAACAACUCUAUUGGGUUAUCAAUGAUAAAGACGUGGCUGAGGAACAAGCCGGCACCGGCCCAGGCACCGCCAGAGAACAAGAACGAUGGAAGCAGUAGCUGUGGUGGGUCAGCUGCUACCGCGGUCAAUAAUGGAACCCUAACGAGUUCUCAGACUCUUUCGUUAUCUAUGAGUACUGGGUCGCAGUCAAGUUCAGCUUUGCCGCUCCUACCAGCAGCAGACCACGGUGGGAACGUUGGUAGUGGUGGUGGUGGUAGCGGUAGCGGCGUUGACUGUUCUUCAUCAGAGAAUAAAGAUAAGACAACAACAACUGGUCUUGAUAGCCAGACUGGGGCAAUAGAGGCGGUGCCAAGGAAGUCCAUUGAUACAUUUGGGCAAAGGACCUCUAUCUAUAGGGGGGUAACAAGGCACAGAUGGACUGGUAGAUAUGAAGCUCAUCUGUGGGACAAUAGUUGCAGAAGGGAGGGACAGACCCGUAAGGGAAGGCAAGUCUAUUUGGGUGGUUAUGACAAAGAAGAAAAAGCAGCUAAAGCUUAUGAUUUAGCGGCAUUGAAGUACUGGGGUACAACAACCACAACAAACUUCCCUAUUAGCAAUUACGAGAAAGAGCUCGAAGAGAUGAAGCACAUGACCAGGCAGGAGUAUGUUGCAUCCCUUAGAAGGAAAAGUAGUGGGUUUUCUAGGGGUGCAUCAAUCUAUCGUGGAGUGACAAGACACCAUCAACAUGGAAGAUGGCAAGCGAGGAUUGGAAGGGUAGCAGGGAACAAAGAUCUGUACUUGGGAACAUUCAGCACCCAAGAAGAAGCAGCUGAGGCCUAUGAUAUUGCAGCCAUAAAAUUUCGAGGUCUUAAUGCGGUAACCAACUUUGACAUGAGCAGAUAUGAUGUAAAUAGCAUACUUGAGAGCAGUACUCUGCCUAUUGGGGGAGCUGCAAAGCGUUUGAAAGAAGCUGAACAGACUGAAACAAGUGUAGAUGGUCGGAUGAGUACUGAUGAUGACAACAUGAGUUCUCAUCUGACUGAUGGGAUAAACAAUUAUCAUGGAUGGCCUACCAUUGCAUUCCCACAGGCUCAACCUUUGACCAUGUACUCCUCUUAUGGUUCCCAUCAAAGAGGUUGGUGUAAGCAAGAACAAGAUCCAGUACUCAAUGCACACAGUUACAAUGAUCUGCAUCAUCAUCUGCAAUUGGGCAAUACCCAUAACUUCUUCCAACCUUCUGUGAUGCACAAUCUCAUGAGCUUGGAUUCGGCAUCUUUGGAACAUAGUUCAGGUUCUAAUUCUGUUUUUUACAGUGGAGGAAGUGGUGGCAGUGGAAGUGGUGGGAGCAAUGGCAGUUUUCAAGGUGUUGUGAGUGGAAACAAUAGUGGUUAUGUAAUGCCUAUAGGUACUGUGAUAGCUGAUCAAAGCAACCAUAAUCAGGUGAGUAGUUUUGUGGAUCAUGAUGCUAAGCAAUUCGGAUACGAAAAUGUGUUAGUGUCUGCAGAUCCAUUUCAAGGUCGGAAUCUGUAUUAUCUCUCACAGCAACAGCAACAGCAACAAUCAGCAGCAAUGGUGAAGCCUAAUAAUGGGUAUGAUCAAGGCUCCAGUUGCAAUAACUGGGUACCUACUGCAGUACAGGCUCUUACACCUAGGUCAAGCAAUCUCGCCGUUUGUCCAAGUUUUCUCAGUAUGGAAUGAAACUUGAAGAGUUACUGAAAAAAUGAGGUGAAGGAUAGAAAGAUAUGGAAGACUGGAAGGAGUAGAAGGCAGGGACAAGUGAAAGAGAAGAAUGUAUAGAGCUUAACUCCUGAUUUUGAUUUGUUUAACCUCUUCCUUUUACCUUAAUUCUUUUUCCUCUCAGGGAACUAAAGAAGAAAGAGAUGGGCCUUUUUUUUUUUUUGGUGGAAGAUAUUAACUGAAGUAUACUAUUACUUUAGGAUUUAACUGGAGUUAACAGUAAUAGCAUGUGACAGGUCUCAUUCUCACUUGCUAUGAGUUUUGAAGACUUCAGACGAAUGGAUCCUCGGAAAAAUUUAUCACUCUAGUCUUUGUAAAUUCAAUAAUAGAAUUUUGAUAUAGAGAAUGGGAAUAUUGCUCCA